GCGUUUUAAACAUUCGGUCACACUGUAACUUUGGCAAAAUCUAAGCAAACAUGUUGGUCAAACACAUCGUCAAGCAGGGACUCUUGUUGAAAAAUGCUGGUGCCAUGUCGCGCGCCGCUUAUCACGCUGGCGGACACCACAAGCACUCCACCAUGAACGAUAUGCCCAGACCAGCUGGUGAUUGGAACGAGCAGCACAGCCGGAACAACACCAAGUACAAUGCCACCCUCAUUGCUGGUGUUUUGAUUCUUGCUGGAACCAUUGGCUUCGUGAAAACCUCUGGCGUGGUGCACUUCAACUACAGCGCUCCAAGCAGCUUGGAUUAAAUUAAACACACAAGUAGUGUCUAUUAACUUACAUUGCAUCUAAAUAUGUGUUAAAUAAGCUUAAAGUGGCGAUUAUAGUAAAUCACUCCAACUGUGUU